AUGUGGGGCAGCGGCGUAGCUGAUGACCCGCGCAUUGCUCGUCUGGAAAGUCAAGGGCAGAAUGCCUGGCAUAACCCCGCCCAGCCCCGUGCUGAACGACUACACAACGAUCCUGACUCUCAAUCAUCCAGCUCAGAGGAUGUCGAUCGUAGCGGUACCUGGGGUGAACACGAUGCCGGCAUGCCGAACGAACUUAUGGCCAUGGAAGACUACAGGGCUCUAAGGAGAGAGCUCACCAAUCGAUCAAAAACCAGCACACGUCAAUCACUUGGCCGAAAACAAUCAUCCAGGAGACACAGCACGGCUACCGAUGAUGUAGAUGAAGAAUCCGAGGUCGGAGGGAACACCGAGGCCCAGGAGGGCAAGGAUGAGGACGACUUCGAACUUGGUGACUUUAUGAGAGAAGGCCAUCUCGGUCAGCGCAAGGGAGACAAGUCAGCCAAGAAGGUUGGCGUGAUAUACAAAAAUCUCACUGUCAAGGGCGUCGGAGCUGGCGCAACCUUUGUCCGCACUCUACCUGAUGCCAUCUUAGGCACAUUUGGACCGGAUCUCUACCACAUUCUUUCCAGAUUCGUCCCCUUCCUUCGCUCGAAGAACGGUGAUCUAAAGACACUCAUCAACGACUUCUCGGGUGUUGUAAGAGAUGGAGAGAUGAUGCUGGUCCUGGGUAGACCUGGUGCCGGCUGCACAACCUUCCUCAAAGCCAUUGCCAACAACCGCGAAGGCUACGCCCAAGUCGAUGGCGACGUCUCAUACGGUGGUAUCUCUGCCGAAAAGCAGAGGAAAAUGUACCGUGGUGAGGUCAACUACAACAUGGAAGAUGAUGUUCAUUUCGCUACACUCAAUGUCUGGCAAACAUUCAUGUUCGCUCUUCUAACCAAAACUAAGAAGAAGGCCACGGGAGAUAUUCCUCUAAUCGCUGAUGCCUUGAUGAAGAUGUUCGGUAUCAGUCACACAAAGAUGACUCUUGUCGGUGAUGAAUACACAAGAGGUGUGUCGGGAGGUGAGCGAAAACGUGUCUCGAUCGCAGAGACUCUCGCGUCCAAGUCCACUGUGGUCUGCUGGGACAACUCAACUCGUGGACUCGAUGCAUCGACAGCUCUGGAUUACGCAAAGUCACUUCGCAUCAUGACCGACGUCAGCAACAGAACCACGCUUGUAACCCUCUAUCAAGCAGGUCAGGGCAUCUAUGAUCUAAUGGACAAGGUUUUGGUUAUUGACCAAGGUCGUUGUAUCUUCACCGGACCUGCUGGAGCGGCCAAGCAGUAUUUCAUCGACCUCGGGUUUGAAUGUCCUGAGAGACAAACUACCGCCGACUUUUUGACUGCUAUCACCGAUCCUGUUGAGAGACGGUUCAGAUCAGGCUGCGAGGCCAGCACUCCCAAGACCCCUGUAGAGUUGGAGCGUGCCUUCCGCGAAUCUCCCUUCUUUACUCGCAAUAUGCAAGACGUCGACACGUACGAACAACACCUUCAGCAAACCAACCACGAAGAUGCCAAAGAGUUUGAAGAAACUGUCCAGGCCGGAAAGUCGAAGACUGUUACCAAGAAAUCGCCGUAUACUGUCAGUUUCAUUCGCCAAGUACUUGCUUGCACCAAACGUGAGUUCUGGCUGCUCUGGGGAGACACCACAACGUUGUACACGAAGGUGUUCAUUAUCAUCUCCAACGGUCUUAUCGUCGGCUCUCUCUUCUACGGACAAUCCCUCAACACCGAUGGCGCUUUCUCCCGUGGCGGUUCUCUUUUCUUCUCGAUUCUCUUCCUUGGCUGGCUCCAACUUACUGAACUGAUGAAGGCUGUCAGUGGACGCGCUGUCGUUGCUCGCCAGAAGGAAUACGCUUUCUAUCGCCCCUCCGCAGUCAGUGUUGCCCGUGUGGUUGCCGAUUUCCCGGUCAUUCUGGUUCAAGUCUGUCUCUUCACCAUCAUCAUGUAUUUCAUGACAAACCUGGAUGUUGAUGCCGGCAAAUUCUGGAUCUACUUCCUGUUCGUCUACGUUAAUACCAUCUGUAUCACCGCUCUGUAUCGCAUGUUUGCAAGUUUGUCGCCAACGAUCGACGAUGCCGUUCGUUUCUCUGGUAUCGCCCUCAACUUGCUUAUCAUCUACACCGGCUAUGUCAUUCCCAAGACGCAGCUACUUAGCAAGUACAUCUGGUUCGGUUGGAUCUACUACAUUAACCCCAUCUCUUACUCGUUCGAGGCCGUUUUGACCAACGAAUUCUCCGACCGCACGAUGCAAUGUUCGCCAGACAAUUUGGUCCCCCAAGGUCCUGGUAUCGAUCCUGCUUUCCAGGGAUGUACCCUGACUGGCGCAGCGGUAAACGCCCACUCUGUCAACGGUGCACAGUAUCUCCAGACGCAAUACACAUACUCCCGUGCCCAUCUCUGGCGCAACUUUGGAGUUGUUAUUGCCUUCACCGUGCUUUACUUGCUCGUUACUAUCGCUGCCACCGAACUCUUCAGCUUUGUCGGCAGUGGUGGCGGUGCUUUGGUUUUCAAGAAGUCUAAAAAGGCAAAGCAGCAAGUCAAGUCAGCUAGCCCUUCGGACGAAGAGAAAGUCGGAUCCGACAGUGAUACCGCUGUUGGUGGAUCAACCGGCGAGAAGGAAGAGCAAGACGCCCUGGACUCAAUCGUGAAGAGCGAGAGCAUCUUCACUUGGAGAGAUGUCGAGUACACCGUUCCCUACAACGGUGGUGAGCGCAAACUCCUCAAUAAGGUUAACGGAUAUGCCAAACCCGGUCUCAUGAUCGCUCUGAUGGGUGCCUCUGGUGCAGGAAAGACAACUCUUCUCAACACUCUCAGUCAAAGGCAGAAGAUGGGUGUCGUCCAGGGCGAGAUGUUCGUCGACGGCAGACCUCUCGGCAAAGAGUUCCAGCGUAAUACUGGUUUCUGCGAACAGAUGGAUCUUCACGACGGCACUUCGACCAUCAGAGAAGCACUCGAGUUCUCGGCUAUUCUCCGCCAGGACCGCAAGGUUCCUCGUGCCGAGAAGAUUGCAUAUGUCGACAAGGUCAUUGACUUGCUUGAACUCAACGACAUGCAGGAUGCCAUCAUCUCUUCUCUCGGUGUUGAACAACGUAAGCGUCUCACCAUCGGUGUCGAACUCGCAGCCAAACCCUCGUUGUUGCUCUUUUUGGACGAGCCGACCAGUGGUCUCGACUCGCAAAGUGCGUACAGCAUUAUUCGCUUCCUGAAGAAACUUACUGCCGCUGGCCAAGCUAUUGUCUGCACCAUCCAUCAGCCCUCGUCUGUGCUCAUUCAGCAGUUCGACAUGGUUCUCGCUCUCAACCCUGGAGGUAACACCUUCUACUUUGGUCCUAUCGGAGAGAACGGCAAAGAUGUUAUCGAAUACUUCGGUGAACGUGGCGUCAAGUGUCCUCCAGAGAAGAACGUUGCAGAGUUCCUUCUCGAGACUGCCAUCAAGCCCCGAAAGCGAGCAGACGGAUCUAAGAUUGACUGGAACGAGGAGUGGCGUAACAGUAAGGAGGCCCAAGCAGUCAUCGAAGAGAUCGACGGACUCAAGCGUAUGAGAAGUAAGUCGGUCCACGAGAAGCAGCACGAUGAUGAAGCCACCGAAUUUGCUGCUCCCGUAUGGCUGCAGACUACCAUGCUCACCAAGCGUGUCUUCACCCAAUACUGGCGUGACCCUUCAUACCUCUACGGCAAGCUCUUCGUCGCAGUCAUCGUUGGUAUCUUCAACGGUUUCACCUUCUGGCAACUCGGCAACUCGAUCCAAGACAUGCAGAACCGCAUGUUCACAGCUUUCCUCAUCCUAACCAUUCCUCCUACCGUCGUCAACGCUGUCGUCCCGAAAUUCUACCAGAACAUGGCACUUUGGAUGGCCAGAGAGCUUCCAUCGCGUAUCUACGGUUGGUUCGCUUUCAGUACUGCCAUGGUUGUUGCCGAAAUUCCUAUCGCUGUUGUUAGUGCACUGGUAUACUGGCUUUUGUGGUACUUCGCAUCUGGACUACCGACCGACAGCUCUACUGCUGGAUAUGUCUUCUUUAUGACGCUUUUGUUCUUCUUCUUCCAGUGGAUUUGUGCCUUCGCGCCCAGUUUCACCGUCAUCUCGAACGUCCUGCCUUUCUUUUUCGUCAUGUUCUCGCUGUUCAACGGUGUCGUACGCCCUUAUGCGUCGAUCCCUGUCUUCUGGCGCUUCUGGAUCGGUGUCCUCGCCAAGACUCUCGACGGCAUCCGCGUCGAAUGCACACCUAGCGAAACAGCCAUGUUCAAUGUUCCCGACGGCCAGACCUGCCAAUCCUACGCCGGCGCCUUUGCAGCCUCAGCAGGUGGAUACCUUCUCAACCCUGACGCUACCGCAGACUGCCAGUACUGCCCCUACGAGUAUGCCAAUGGCUACCUUGCCUCCNNCCUCAACAUCAAGGCCAGUCAAGCAUGGAGAGACCUCGGUAUCUUCUGCAUUUUCGUCGUGUCCAACUGGGCUUUGGUGUACUUCUUCAUCUACACUGUUCGUAUCAAGGGUUGGAGCUUUGGCUUUGGAAAGCUGUUCGGUGCUUUGGGUAGCUUGGUUGGAGCCAUCAAGAAGCCUUUCAAGAGCAAGAAGAAGGAGUAG